AUGCGGAGCUUCUCUCCGCAUUUCUAUUUCCAACCUCAGCUUUCCGUCAGGGCCCUUUUCCCAGAUCUUUUCCGGACAACUAGGUCCUAUGUCAGACAGUGUCAGGACUACGGUGGCUGCACCGACCGAGUUGGUGCCCGGUUACCGCAUCCCUGCCCGCCCCGCUCCCACCACGCUGAUUCGCGGCCGCCAAGAAUCCAAGACGUAAUCCAAAAUUUGAACGGCUCCUUCAGGAUCCGUGCCGGGAGCGAGCCCCUGUGUGCCUUCGAGCGGCCUCCUCCAGAUUUGACUCAGCCAGGCACGGGGCGGCUCUGCUUUAGAAGAUCGCAACCGCCCCUGCCCCCAAGAAAUCUUGGAGGCUUUCGAGGCUUUCGAGGCAAAGGCAUUCGAUAAAACUGAUGCUCUUGCAUCAUCGACACCAGCUGCAAACGUCUGCCUCCCCGCAUCAGAAACGCGAGUUGUGACGGCUUUCAGUUGUCAGCACAUCACAAGCAGCACCAGGACUGAGGAAGGAUAUGAUAAACAAAGGUCGAAGACAACAAAGGGAGACAGGACGACGAGGAAGGGCACGAGGUUCCGUUUCUAUUAUUAUUGUAUUAUAAAGUCAAGACGCCGUUGAGCUUCACAUAUUCAAUCAUGAAAAAAUCCGCACAUGGCUAAUGCUCACUACACUCGGGGCCCGUGCUCCCUGCUAGAAUAAGUUGUAUUGACUUUAGCAUGUAUUAUACUCCAACUAUUGCCGAGUAAGUGCUCUCGUCACCUCUCGGUUGGAUUACAAGGAUUGUUGAUAGACAAGGUCUCUCAGCAACUAAAUCAUACUGAAGUUCAACAUACAUGCCAUAAAAUCAGUUUCGCUGCUAUUAGGCGACUUUUUGCUUCUUUAUGCAAACGAAUUGACUCCACUGUAUGAGUAUUUACCAUUUACCAUUAGCAUAAAGUCGAAGAUGAGUGCGGGAUCUUCCUCCUUCGAUAUGGAAUGAUCUGAGUCUCGUGUCUCCCGUUUAUCGUCUUCAACCUUAGUUUUAUCAUAUCCUUACUCAGUCCAAAACACAAAAAAACCACUGAGGCCUACUGUCUUCGUCAUGUGUCGUCCGACUGUCCUUCAUAGACCGUCCCUCACCUAGCUACACAAAGUUAUUUAACUCUAUCACCCAUUCAGGUAAAGUGGGCCACUCUCGGAUUGCAUUUUGUUAUUCUUUCAAACUAAAGCUGCGAAGUGCUUCACCGGCCGCGAUCAGACUCUGUUCAGAAUUAGAAUCAGACUUGCCCGUAUCUUUGAGAUUUCCAAUAUGUACCAUUGGUGUCAUACAAUCAGUCAUUUGUCUGUUUUAUUUUCUCACCUCCAUCGGGGAAUUUCGUGUGUCAGCCAGCCUACAGAAGUGGUUCAAACCUUGCAAAGCCUUCAAGAGACUGAAAACUUAGACGAGACAUUGCAGUCGCUAAACCUAAAGAACUAAAAUAAUCGCUCCAUGCCAAGAUGAAUAAAGUCGAUGCUUCAGGUCCAGGAUAUGCUUGCAGCACAAAUAGCUAGUCCUUGACAACGGUGUUCUUUGCAGAGUGAACAAUGUGGACAUCAGAAGAACCUACGUUCUUGUGGAAGGAGAAACAUGGGUUUCACCACACUAUGUAAAAGUUCUACGAAUCUCUCACUCGGCGUAUCGAAGGGCUUCAGAUGUUCAGAUUUUCAGAUUAACCUUCCGUUCACGCUGUAUAUUCGAAGGACUCGCCAAAAUUACUACAGAGCGGACCUUUGUCGGUUCUCUAUCAAAGAGGACCGACAAAGGUUACUCCUUCCCCAGAUCAUCUCUCUUCGCUCAAGCUUAUGAGAUUCCCGGACACAAGAAGCCCGUACUGAGGGGUGACUCUUCGUCACCUCCAUUCCGCUCGUAAUCUGGUGGGCCACUGCAAACCGUACGGCUCCUUGAGCACUAAGAAAUCUGUUUCUCAAACUCCUUAUCCUGAAAAGGAUGCUACUUCCCAUUGAUUGUCUUGUUCAAGCCUAGCGAACAAAUCUCAUCAACAACCCCUACGCCCUUCUCCACCUCGUAGCUCAAAUUACAACUUCCAAAGGUCUCAGGCUCUCAAGACCAGCUGGUUACUGUUUG